AUAACGAUGAAAGGUAAUAAAAAAAAUUUCAAGGUUUUCGAUUAUAAACUGCAACAAGAUGAUUAUGGUGGUAACAUAAAGUUAAAUGACCAUGAUGACAUUUUAAAUGCGCGCAGUGCAAGAGUGAACUUGGAUAACACUAAGCAAAAUGAUAGUAAUAUUUCAAAGCUAGAUAAAGGUCUUAGUGAGAAACUCGUAAAUGAUAGAGGAUUGUUGUCUGAGUUUGAUCGGAAAGAUGAAGAAAUUGUGCAGGAAGAG